AUGAUCUAUCUAUCUAUCUAUCUAUCUAUCUAUCUAUCUAUCUAUCUUAGUCUUGUCACUAUCUAUCUUAGUGUUGUCCUAUCUAUCUAUCUAUCUAUCUAUCUAUCUAUCUAUCUAUCUAUCUUAGUGUUUCUUGUUAUAUCUAUCUAUCUAUCUAUCUUAGUCUUGUCAUCUAUCUAUCUAUCUAUCUAUCUUAGUCUUGUCACAUCUAUCUUAGUUUGUCAGAUCUAUCUAUCUAUCUAUCUAUCUAUCUAUCUAUCUAUCUAUCUAUCUAUCUCUUAUAAUCUUUCUGAAACCGGCGACGUUAAGACGCAGAAGAUGUGUUUUCAGAUAUCGCGUGAGGGACGAGGUCUCAAGAGUAAUGGUGAAUCUCAUAGUUUACACGGUUAUACUUUUAGAUAUAUUGCGGCCAAGGAAUAUUCACUUCGGAAAUGGCCGAGAGAAACUGAUAUUUUGUUACAUCUAUCUAUCUAUCUAUCUAUCUAUCUAUCUAUCUAUCUAUCUAUCUCAGUCAGUUCAUAUCUAUCUAUCUAUCUAUCUAUCUAUCUAUCUCAGUUUUAUCUAGUCUGUUCACACAUGAUCUAUCUAUCUAUCUAUCUAUCUAUCUAUCUAUCUAUCUAUCUAUCUAUCUAUCUAUCUCGGUCUAUUUGUAUUCAUCUGUUUGUCAAAUUUUACGAAAGCGAAUGUAACAUGGAUAUCUAUGUCUGA